AUCAAUGCGACAACCGAGCAAAUGUACGCUGAACUGACGAAGGCUGCUUACAUGGAUCAGCUCUCUGAUCUCAGGCAAGCGCUGCAGGACACCCGUGCCUUGCUCGACAAGCUUGGUGAUCCCAUUGAAGAGUCCAAAAACCGUAUCAUUGAGUUGCAUGACUCUUACAAGAAAAGCCACCUAGCUGAGACGAUGAAGAUGCUGGCCUCGAAAGCUGAAACUGAUGAGGUUGAAAAGCUUUCAAAGCUGGUUAAGGCGGAGCUCCUCAAGAUGAUGCAGCAGUUUGCAGCAGCAGAGACGGUGCAGGACAGCAUUUUGAAGCAGGGUAGAGACAUGCUUCUGUGUCUACAGGGUGAGCUGAAGACCAUGAGCGACAAAAUCGUGGCGAUCGACACAGGCAUGGAACGCAGUCUGAACUUGCACAAGACGCUUUCCAAUGAGCUCCAUGUUGCCAAAACUGUACUUGAACAAAAGUUGGACAAAGCCAACAAGGCAUUGGUCGAUCAUCAGGGACCAGUCUUCAUUCAGGCCUCUUUUCCCGCUGGUUCCGACCUUGAAGUACAUUGGCGACGGCACGAAAGACGGUCUCGACUAUCAUGUCUGCCAUAA